CCGGCCAAUCGUUAGAACUCUUGGCCCGUAGGAAACCCGUCAGUUCUGCCUGCAGGAUGUAGCACGUGACAGGCGGAACGUACGUGUGUGACGAUACCGGCAGGCCAAUCGCUCAGUUGCUGCUGCUGUCUCGUGUUCUUCAGUAUUGUUUCGCGUUGUGGUCAUUUCUCGUGGUAUCUUGAAACUUUGUGCUAUGGCAACAUGCUCGAAGGACUUUUUAGUGGAGUUUAUCGAAGAAUUUCGUGGUCAUCCUUGCAUUUGGAAGGUGAAGAGCGAAGAAUACCACAACCGUGAGAUGAAAGAGAAUGCUUAUUUAGCACUGACGGAAAAAAUAAAAACAAUUGACCCCCAAGCUAAGAAGGAAACUGUGUUGAAAAAGAUCAACAAUCUACGAAGCAGUUUCAGGAAGGAACGGAAGAAAGUAUUGAUGGCUAAGAAAUCUGGAAUGAGUAGCGAAGACCUCUAUGUCCCGAAAUUGUGGUACUACAAAAAUUUAUUGUUCCUGGUAGACCAAGAAGAGGCCUUGGACGGGUUUUCAAGUCUUGUUAGUGAUACGGAGGACUUAGAAGAAACAGAACAAGAAAUUACACAAAAGUCAGCCUCUCCAGGCAUUUCAGCGCACUCCUCUGUUUCAAACCAAAGUGCAGAACUAAACAUCAGCACUGGUCCAGACAUCUCUUCCUACGGCUGUACAUUCAAACGUAAAAAGAAUCUGCCUGCGAGUGGUCAGAUACUUGUGGCAGAUGGUGAUCGACUGGCUCAAGUGAAAAAUGAGGACAAAUUUGAUUUAUUUGCAAAAUAUGUCGCUGCCAAAUUACGAGCAUUAGGAAAUAAUGAACAAAGCAUUUAUGCAGAGAAAUUAAUAAAUGACGCCCUUUUUGAAGCAGAGCUUGGAUCGCUUGCUAGAUGCUCUUCAAUCAGUACCGGUACUGGAGCAUACUAUGCUCUUGGCCCUUAGUCAAAUAUCUCUUCGGGUUCCAGCCACGAUGAUUGCAUGGGUCACUACUAGAGACGCGGGUCAAUAUUACUUUAAUUCUUGAACUCCUCCCUGGGCUGUAGUAACUGUUAGGCAUGAGAGAUGUUUUUAAUGUGUGUACCAUGACAAUUUAUUUAUCUUCAUGUAUUUAUAAAGUUACCCUCACUUUUCAUAUCCUAUGUAGUAAAAGUACAAAUGUUCGAAGAAACUUGUUUCACUUACACACCU